UUGAUUCCGUGCUUUUGCGUAGUCUGGAGGUUUUGAAAAUUAUUCUUGAAUCGCCCAUAUAAAAUAAGUGAACCAUCGAAAUAUGCCUUACUCAACUUUGCGGUACAAUUUUUGGAAAUUCAUCAUCUUUGCUUUGAUUUUAUUUAUUGGCGCCCAAACUGCCCAAGCAUCGGGUCUUGAAUAUUGUCCAAUGCCACCAGAGGCACAUCUUGGUAGCACAUUGAUUUGGUAUAGAUCCAAUCGCCCGGAUAACAUGGUCUACUGGCACGAUACAAUCAAUAAAUUUCUUGACGAAUACACUGAACCAAAAUUCAAGGAGAAUAUUGAUAGUGAGUGCAACUUUGGUCAUUCAGCUGCUGCUGGCAAGUACUGUCCAUUUAGAGUCGAAUCAUUGGAUAACUGCUCUCCGGGUAAAACGGACCGAAAAUACGGUUUUCCUGAACAGAAACCAUGUAUUUUCUUAAGAUUAAAUAAUAUUUACGAUUGGACUCCUCGAGUCUUCAACGAAACCGAUGAAAAUCAGAUUAGCGAUGAGUUCGAACGUUCUCAGUAUCAAAAGAUGCCAGACUUUGUGAGGGAUACUAUCGGUUAUAUUGGAAAUCCAGUUGAGCGAAACAUUAUUUGGGUUUCCUGUGAAGGUAAGGACCCAGUUGAUGUGGAAAAUCUAGGACCAGUACGCUACACACCGCGACGCGGUUUUCCAGCAUACUAUUUCCCAUUCACCAAUGUUAAGGGCUAUCAGGCACCAGUCGUUGCUGUGCAGUUUGAACGACCAAAGACUAAUAUAAUCAUCAACAUCGUAUGCAAAGCCUGGGCCAAAAAUAUCUUGAACGAUCCCACCGAACAAGGUUCAGUCCAGUUCCAAUUGUUGCUAGAUUAAAGUGAUUAGUUUCUAACAACAAAAAAAUGAAAUAGAAAUCAUAAUGCCAAACUAAGCAAAGCCACAUUAAAAACUUAUAUGGAAGAACAAAAACCAGAAAAAGAAAAAGCUGCUUAUAAUAACAUUUGAAAAUAAAACAAAAUCGUCUAAAAAAUAACAAUUUCGCCUAAACAAAAUUGUCACUUUUUUUUGUUGACUAAAACAAUGUUUUUUAAAUGACAAAAUCAUCUAUAAA